UCAAAUUUUCUACAUUUACGGGUUUUCCUUAUUGCUUCUCAGUAAUGUCUAUGCGGUAUAUUGGAACGAGACCGAGUUUUUACGUGUUGACAGGCGAGAUUCACGGCGAAUUCGAAACAAAUUAGUGACUUUCGAUACGACAGAUACGGACGUUGAGUUGGCAUUCCAAUUCAAUGUACCAUUCAUUGCUGUACCAGAUGGUCGAUCAAUGGGUAACUUUAAGAACUCGGUCGCAUCAUUAGUCAAUCUUAAUCUAGGCUCGAUUGCCCUAGCCGGUGUGAUGAUAGCAUUUGGUUCACUAGCGUCACUUCUGUGGUCAAUGUUUUUACCCAAUUCGAAAACUAAUUCACACGGAAACCACGGCACUAAUACCUCAAAUGCUACCUCUACGACUGAUUCUGUAGAAGGUACCAGCAAUACUGAUGGUAAUACCGCUACAAACGAGGCAAGACGAAAAUCAGAGAGAGCACACGAAAACAACAAAUUUUUUGAUUUGAUUGAUUUACUGGACGCAACUAUCAACCCCACCGUAUGUGUUCAGCAAUACGUUUGUUCAUUAAGAAAAUUGUCAGCUAAAAAUGUUGCGGAUGGAAGUGCAGCAAGUGCAGAUAAAAUAAUUGCCGGCAUCUUUGAGGCACGUUGGAUAUUAGACACAAUUUCGGGAACAGCUAUUCACGACGCUAUACAACUGGGAGAAUCGAGAAGCGACUGCGACAAACGGUUUAGUAAAUGCGGUGUCGGAAGUAUGCGACCGGAAGACCUGUUCACAAUAUUUUUAAAAAUUUUAAGAGUUUUCGGCUAGUGCAGAAGAAUAUUUGGAACUAAACGGUCACUUUGUCUAUUUAACCAUGAAACGAAACGAGA